AUGGCGAACGAAGAGUUUGUAAGAACAUUGAACAUGGCGAUCGGUCUCGUCCGUACAAUUCGUGUGCAUUUAACAAUUUGGGUUAAAAAUAAAUUUUUGUUACAGAGUGACGACUACAUAUCACUGAGGGUUGGAGGAGUCCCUGCCCUAGACGACUCGGUCAUUGCACUUUUGGCCGGUAACCACGCACCGCCCGUCAUUCCGAUACCAGUUGAGGAUAAAUCGCAACCUGCAAAACCGCAUAUGGUUACCGAAAACCAGCUACCGAUUUUUCCGUCAAAUAUGACUCCAACAGAUGGCCAUUGGCAAAUCGUCAACGGCACUAAAUUCAAGUUUUUCGUAUUUUCCGCGUACUUUGACAGGAGGAAAGGACAACGAGCGGUAAGAAUAGUCGCUGCUACGAAAACGAGGGGAGCUGAGAGGGUUUGGUGUCGCUUAUGGUAUCGUCCAUUUACAACGGAAUCAAACUCUACAUCAUACAUAUCGAGAACUGUACCUGCUAAAAUUAAAGUAAUUCGAGAAAAUUGGAAUCUGAAGUACAGUGCUUGUUUCGUUUUAUGUCCAUUACAAGCAAAUCAAACAGCACCGUUCGCCGUAUCCGUCGUCGUACGCCUUUUGAGUCCCCCAGCAAAUUUACUCACUGUAAACGAUAACUACAACGACACAAAGGCGACGAACAAAUUUGGAGUUUGCAUUAAGCCCUUACAUUACGAAUACAACGGCGCACUCCAGAUUCUGGAAUUUAUAGAGCUGAAUCGUAUUAUGGGAGUGUCGCAUUUUACCUUUUACAACCACACGAUUGGACCUCAGGUCAGGUGUAUUUUAAAGCAUUACAUGGAACGUGGUUUGGUCACGCUCCUCCCUUGGCAAUUGAAUAUGGUAUCCCAAAAGGAAAUUCGCACAGAAGGUUUAUUCGCCGCCCUAAACGACUGCCUUUACAGGUCCAUGUAUCGAUUCUCGCAUAUCUUGCUGAUAGAUCUCGAUGAAUAUAUAAUCCCGAGUCAUAACCACACUCUUCCCCAACUCCUCGAUUUCCUAUCAACAAAGAUGAGUACCAGAACGACCGGAUCGUAUUCAUUUCAAAACGCCUUCUUUUAUCUCCAGUGGGGGGAUGACGAUUGGGUAUACAACAGUAACGAUCCCAUCGCGAUUAAUCUAGUUACGUUAAAGAAGACUAGACGUAAAUCUAAGCUUCAUCCGCACAAGCAACGUUCCAAAUACAUUUGCAAGCCCGAAUUCGUAGUGGAAGCCGGAAAUCAUUUCGUUUGGGAAUUUAUCCCAGGGCACGGUACGUAUAACGUUCCAGCCGACGCGGCCAUUUUGCACCAUUAUAGAAUAUGCGAAUUCGGCGGGGACGAUUGCAUCAAAACGGCUUCCACCGUUGACCAAACGGCAUUUAGAUACCGAAAGAGUUUAGUUAGCGCCGUUAAGAACAGUUACGAGUUUUUUAAGGACACGUGCGGGUUACGAGAUUUAACUCCACCAACAACAAAUAGUAGGUUUUUAAAAAUCUUAAGAGAUAAUAUUAAAAAAAUUAAGAGCAACACAAGAUAAUAAUAUAAUGUGAUCCUUCGAUAAGUAUUAUUGUAAUAUAGUGGUGAUAAAAGUGAAGAAAGACCAUCCUGUACAUUUAGCAUAUUUUCUAAUUAAUGUUACAAUAAACCUAAUUUGUAUAUGGACAAUUGUUCUUAAAUAUUAGAUAGGUACCUAGUUAAUGUAUAAGACUGUUCCUCAAGCAGCUAAAAGUUGUUUCAGUUCGGUACGUUUUUUUGCUCUAGGAGGUGUUGUAUGCGUAGAUACCCAAAAUUAACAGAAGGCUGAUUACAACACUGACAUUUUUGCCAAUAAAGAAAGUGAAAAUAUUGUUUAAAAUAAUGAAAAAUUUCUUAAUUGGCUUUAAUUAACUACAUAAGAACAAUACGAACAAUGAAUGUAUCCUGACGAACAUAUGUUACACACUCUAGAAUAGUCAGUCUACUUGUAUAAGAUUUUAUAAACGCAUUAAAUUUGUUAAUUUUUUCAUUACCUUUUAUAAACAAAAGCAAUAUAUAACUGUUUUGUAUAUAUUAACAAACACAUUUAACGGUAUUACUUUUACUUUCCAUUGAUAUUGUUAAAUCGAACUUUUUGUACCACAAAACUUAUGAACAAGCUAAUUUACGACUAUAAUAAAUUGACUUAUUUUUAUAAGGAGAUACACAUAUAUUGUCUAAUAAUUGCAAAAGCAUUUUAAUUUACUUAGAUUUUAAGUACAAAAUAAG